GCAAGAUAAAUACGGUUAACAAUCUCUGCGCAAGCCACAAGCCAUCUAAACAAAAUCCAUCUCAUCCUACAUUUCUACUCCGAAAAGGCAAAAUCAUCCAACCCAGAGAAUAGGCGGUUUUGGAAUGUAGCCACGGUGCGAACACGAAGGCUUCUGCUCAACUGAAGUUGCGAGAAAACUCGAAGCUCUGACAGAGAGAGGCGAAUUGCGAUUGCAGAAGAGAAGCAGCGAUGACGGGAUUUGGAAGAUUGAUAGGGCGAGCCCUUUGGUAUUCAUCUCAACAACAAAGACUUCUAAGGCCUUGCGUUGAACAAAGCUUACGCCUCCUACAUGCUUCUUCUUCUUCUUCCUCAGCCGUGACGGCGUCGUAUCGGGACUGCCAAAUCGCUUCAUUUUCCUCAAAUCUUGCAUCUCUGAGAUUUUCCCCAUUCGGAGGGCAGAGGAGGACCAUGUUUAUACAAACGCAGUCCACGCCCAACCCUUCCUCUCUGAUGUUCCAUCCGGGGAAGCCGGUUAUGGAAGUUGGGAGCGCUGACUUUCCGAAUGCGCGUGCGGCCAUGAAUUCUCCGCUGGCAAAAGCGCUUUUCGGAAUCGAUGGUAUUACUCGAGUUUUCUUUGGAUCAGAUUUCGUUACGGUGACAAAGUCAGACGAUGCUUCUUGGGAUUUUUUGAAGCCUGAAAUCUUUGCAGCUAUCAUGGAUUUCUAUUCUUCUGGUGAGCCACUGUUUCUGGAUUCCAAAACUGCGGCAGCCAUGGACACUGCUAUCGGUGAGGAUGACUCUGAAACUGUAGCAAUGAUCAAAGAACUGUUGGAAACCCGUAUAAGACCAGCAGUGCAAGAUGAUGGUGGGGAUAUUGAGUAUCGUGGAUUUGAUCCAGAAAGUGGAAUAGUGAAACUGAGAAUGCAAGGAGCGUGUAGUGGCUGCCCUAGCUCAGCUGUCACACUAAAAUCUGGCAUUGAAAACAUGCUGAUGCAUUAUGUUCCAGAGGUCAAAAGUGUGGAGCAAGAACUAGAUGCUGAGGAAGAGGAAGCAACAUUAACCGGCCAGAUGGAGUAGGUGAUUAUAUUGGUUAGAUCUUGGAAGCCACACAUUGUAAAUAGUGAGCUCAAAGAGAACUUCAGGGACAUGUUCUUGUACGGAUCAAAUAGAACUGCAUUUGUUUAACUUAAUUUUCCUGGUAGAUAGAAUAUGAAAUGGGACAAAAUUAUGACUA